AUGCACAUGAACAUCUACUGUCACUACAUGAUCAUCCAGGAGGAGCAAAUCCUGCGAAGUAUUAAAUUAGCUAACCCAAAAGCUAACAAUGAGAACAACAUGGCCUCUGGGAUCAUCCGGGCACUGAAGCCCCUCCACCACGUUAAGGCGGUUCAAGGAGGAUCACCACGUUUGCAUGGUGAAGGACUAACGCAUGAAGAUCAUCAACAGUCCGGUGUUCCCCUCACUGCACCGCCUGCAGAAACGGUUUACGGUCAGACUGGGGAAAAGAAAUACAGCUGUGACCAAUGUGGAGCAUCCUUUCUACAUAAACGCUAUUUAAAGAGACAUCAAUGGAGUCACACCACGGAGAGACCGUUCCGUUGUGACCAGUGUGGGGUAGGUUUUACAUGCAAGUAUCAACUAAAGAAGCACGAAAAAAACCACACUGGGGAGAGACCAUUCACCUGUGCCCAGUGUGGAGCGAGUUUUAAAGACAAGUAUGAUUUAAAGUCACAUGAAAAAUGCCACUCUGGAGAAAAACCAUACAGCUGUGACAAGUGUGGAGCAGCUUUUCAAAGGAAAUAUGGCUUAACUGUGCAUCUGCGGAUCCACACUGGAGAGAGACCGUACCGCUGUGACCAAUGCGGACAUACUUUUAUAACUAUAUCGCUCUUAAAGAUACAUCAACGGCUCCAUGCUGAACAUAAUCCAUACAGCUGUGAUCAGUGUGGAUUAACUUUACAAACCCCGUAUGGAUUAAAGACCCACCUACAGCGCCACACUGGAGAGAGACCAUUCCACUGUGACCAGUGUGAUGCAAGUUUUCCAAGGAAAUAUGAUUUAAGGUUACAUCAGAUGAUUCACACUGCUGAGAGACCAUUCAGCUGUGACAAGUGUGAAGCAACAUUUAAAACCAAACCUAAUUUAACGAGACAUCAAAAGAUCCACACUGGAGAGAGACCCUGUCGCUGUGACCAAUGUGAAGCAACUUUUCAAAGGAAAUAUGAUUUAAGGGUACAUCAAAGGAUCCACACUGGAGAGAGACCGUACCGCUGUGAUGGGUGUGGAUCAGCUUUCCAAACGAAAUCUAAUCUGAAGGUGCAUCAGCAUCUCCACACUAGAGACCAUGCAGCUGUGAAGGGAGAUUAAAAGGAAAGCAAGUAAAAAGUUACUUUGCAGCUUGGUGUGGGUCCUGGCUGAAGUUUGUUAGUGUGUUAGAAAUAUAUAUGUCAACAUUGGCACAAUCAGACAUGUUGAUGUUUACACUACGCUGUAAAGGGGAGAGAUGAGUAAUUAUGUAAGAUUCCAAUAAACAUUUCAAUGUAGAAAAUGCAUGACGUUUCUGAUGGUUUAUAAAAAGGAAGGUGAUCAGAGAUUAUUCAACAAUAAUAGUAAAAACAGAGUAAAGUUCAGAGGGGUUUUAGAGCCUCCAGCACCACCAAACAUUUAGCAUAAAAAGGGAUUCCAUCCAGAACACACACUGUUGAGGCUAUAAUAUAUCCUGCCUAUCGGUGCUGCUGAGCCGUGGGGCCGUCAUCCUGCUAAGGUCGCCUGCUGCGUUCAGUUUAAUUCUCUUUGCAUUUAAGCACAUUCCAUAAAUGAUGAUUAAACUAAAUGUUCAUGCUUUUGUUCUGCAACCUUCUAAAUACAGCUAUCGUGGCUCCAUAUCAGGAAACAACUUUGAAUGUAUUUUUUUAUUCUUAAUCAAAACUAACUAUUCUUAAUCAAAAUUAGUUCAAUCAACUCUAAGUAGGUCCACUAGGAGUUUAGCACAUGCAGAACUAGUCUGAUAAGCCAUUAUCAGUGGAGCCAUGAAUCUAUGAGUCACCAUGACAACAGGCAACAGGAAGUGCCUAUUUCACCCCACUGGAACUAGAGGUUUUAAUGAAGAAAUGGAAAAAGAGGUUAAUGUGUUUAAAAGACAAAGAAACAGCGCUACAGCAAUAAAGAAGAGAAAGAUUGCAAAGAAGAAGGUUGCUGCUCCUGUUAAUGCAUAAGUUUAUAUGAAGUGGUCUAUGGCAGGCCGUUUGUACAUUUAUUAAAAGCACACUCUGUUGUUCCAUUUGUAGAUCACUAAAAGAUUCUCCCUGAUCAAAAUAAGACUCCUAGACUAAAAUAUAUUAAUAUAUUUUCUAAAUCACGUUUGCAGCAGAAACCGAAUUUCAGAAAGUAAAAAAAAGGAAAAGAAAUUAUACUAGUAAGAAUGUUAACACAUUUUAAGUGACCGUU